AUGACUCCCAGUCCCCCAGAUGAAGCUUUCCAGUUUCGAGGCGAGACCCUGACUCCCGAGAGCCCUCGUCCGCUGCACAUCGCGGAGCCCGCCAAUAUCCCUGUGCUGCAGAAUCAAAUGGACCCUGUGUUCAACGAUACCUCGACUUAUGAGAAGUCCGACUCGGCUCUUGGAAAUAGUUCCCAGGCAUAUCACAAUGGUCAUGGAUCUCGGGAGGAUGGCUAUACUCACCCCGCAGAGGGUAGCGGGCAUACGUCGUGGUUGAAUCAUCCCGGUCAACCUCCGCCACCCGCCCAGCAUCAGCAACACACACAAGGUAGUUCUCACUCUGAUCCUCUCCGGAUGGACGAGAUGUCCAGCACGAAUGCACCCACGUCUUCAUCGGCGACCCCGUCUGCACCCUCCGCCCGUCCUAUGGCCCCAGCGACCUGGACUCCUGUCCCAGAUGCCCAAGCAAGGUCUUCUCUAACCACUCUGCCUCCAUCAGAUAUAACACACACUGUCCCCGAUGUCCCUCCCCCUUCUUCCCAUGUCGCUCAACAUUUUCCCAAUGCGAGCGCGGUAGGCCCGGCCGUCAACAAUUGGGCGCCCGAGUCCGUCCCGCAGGACCGUCCAGACGCCCAAGGCAAAGUUGCAAAUUCUACCGGUGAGGAUGGUGUGGAUUUCCAAAACCUCCUCGAUAAUCUUCCCCCGUCCACUACGGCCGCCCCGUCUGCGGAUGCAGUCCCUCAAGCAGCAACGGACGAAGCGCAGCAGUCAUCCCCGGGCCUCCCUCCUCGCCCCCCUCCCCAGGAGAAGCCCUCCAUCCAUCCUAAUUACCAGCCCAGUGAUGAUAUCCGUUCCUAUCAUCAGAUCCCUCCCCAAAACCCCAGCUCGCCUUCCUCCUACUCCGCCCAACAGAGUAAUUACCAGUCGAAUGUCGGGGCCCCUUCUUUGGCCACCGCUGGUGCUCCGGGGACAUCGUCAUCGGGUGCUAGUGCCCUACCGCCCCCUCCAGGUCCUAGUUUCCAGCAGUCCUCUCCCGCGGAGUCCCCGGGUUCCUCUCCUGGGGUACAAAGAAGCGGUCGUGGCGAUAGACAGCCAGCUCGCUCUGGUAAGGAUGAGGAUACUCCCUGGGGCCCCGAGGUGCAGAAGAAAUAUGAUGAGUUCUUGCAUGAUGAGCGAGUAUAUGUCACAGAAGGUCUCUGGGAUCGCUUCCCACCGGGGUCCAGGCUGUUUGUCGGCAAUCUACCCACUGAGCGAGUAACUAAACGCGAUUUGUUCCAUAUCUUCCAUAAGUACGGUAAACUCGCGCAGAUUUCUAUCAAACAGGCCUAUGGUUUCAUACAAUUCCUCGAAUCGAGUGCUUGUAAGCAGGCGCUCGAUGUGGAGCAAGGCGCUGUGGUCCGAGGUCGGAAAACUUGGAGAUUUCGAAGCCCCAGCGUAACACCAGACCCGGUCCGCCCUCUGCGGAGGCGUCCCGCGCUCCACCACCGAGACGCUCGAGAUCUCCCGAGUUCAGUCGAGGCGGUCCUCCUGGUGGUCGCAAUCCCAGAGCCCCCGGGGAUCGGUAUGACCGAUCGUAUGAAUCGGGUCGCGUCCCGUUCAGCGAUUUUCGGGAUGAACCUUCACAUCGCCGACGGGACGAUUAUCGGCCACCUCGCUCCCCAUCGCCGCGUGCGUUCCGAGGAAGAGAUGGCUACCGCUCUCGGGACAGAACUCCAGAGCGGUAUGACCGACGAGAGCGACGGCGAUCUCGGUCUCCGUAUACAAGGGACAGAAGAUAUCGCAGCCCAAGCCCGAGAGCACGGGCCUUUGAUGCCGACUCGGACCUGCCUGUACCUAGAAGAAACCCUCGGGAUGUACCGGAAGUCCAAAUCCUCGUUCUGGAGGAAGUGGAUCGGUAAGUUGCUUUUCCUCCUGAGAGCUUCGAGGCCAGACUCUAACCAUCUGCAAAGCAACUUCAUAUUCUAUGUCGAGAAUGCCUUCCGCAGUCGUGGCCUCCGAGUGGACGUUCUGAUGCUCGGCCCGCGCAUUCCACUUAACGCCGCGGUCCAACGCCAAAUCAUUGAAGGAGUGCUUGCCGUUAUAAGGCUUGCGCGUCCCAACCAAUUUUCUCGGAAGAUUCCACUGCAAGUGUUUGAUCGGACUGGGGGACCGGACAAUGUGCGGUUCAAUGAAUACCCUGACGUUGACCCCAAUGUCGCUGCGGAAAUCGUCUUCCACGCCACUCAAUCGUUGCAGCGUGGAGGGCCUCCCACCCCCUUCCCUCCUAAUGCCGCCGCGUUUGGAGUACCACCACUCGCGCCGGCACCGAUUCCGCAGGCCCCGUUACCGCCUCUCACCAAUCCGCCAAAUCUGGCGAACUUAAUUACCUCACUCGAUGGGCCCACUUUGCAAUCCCUUCUAGCUGCCCUUCAGCAGCGUCCGCCGGCUAUCCCCACAGCGCAGCCGACCUUUGCCGGCGCCAGUGCCCCCCACAGCGGUGCAGAUCUGGCAAGUCUGUUGAGCGCUGCGACUCGGCCGGCUGUGCCGGCUAAUCCGCAACAGCCACUUCCACCGCAGUCCUUUCCCCUCCAGGCACCUAAUGCUCCCGCGGUGUCGGAUCCAAACCUCAUCUCCCUGUUAGCCAAAGGCUUGGGCGGACAACAGCCUCAGAGCCAGGCCGGUGUGAGCCCACAUGUACAGAAUAUCAUGAACCAAUUGGGCAAGUGGAAGCAAUGA